AUGUGUUUCACUGAUCACCAAUUUUUUGAGAGCUGUUACUGUAACUGUCAGUCAGUGACUGUCACUGACAUUCCCAUUUAUUCGGAUGGGGAAAAUGGAAACAAAUGGGAACUCUAUUUGUGUUUGACAAGCAACAUGUAUAGUCAUAUGAGAUCUUUGUCAGCACCAGAGCUAUAUGUGCGGUCCACGGAAACUCUGACGAAAACCACAAAUCUGACUCCAAAUGACGCCAACUAUUCGUAUAGUUCUGGAGUUGGGCCCAGCACGGAUAGUCGCCAACAGGUGAAAGCACAGCCAGAACAUUCGCCUGACCGUGAGAAACGAAAGUUCAUUCUGCAUCGACCAUGCCGGAUUGCCUUUCUGUCCUACGUGUAUGUGUUGCUGGGUAGCCAAGUGUUUCUAUCGGCACUACAGUGGUUGGGCUCCACCUACCGCUGGCGACCGCAUCUCAAUACAGCCGAGCGUAGCCUCUACAUGCUGCUGCUGUUGCUGACCUGGUUGAAUUUGUCGCUGGCGUUCUUCGGAUUUCGUCGUUUGCAAAUCAGCCAUCCCUUCAAUUGGAUCGUGUUUGUUUGCAUGUUCGAGAGUUUGACACUGCUCGUGAUGUGUUUGUGCCUAAGGGAAUUGGACCUGGCCUGGUAUUUUAUACUGAUCGCGAUCAGCGUAAUUCUUCUCUAUACUCCACUCGGACUUUGGAUUCCCCCAAAGUUGACGGCUAACAUCUGGAUAUUGAUACUAAUGGCGAUGUCUGUGCUAAUCACCACAAUGGUGUCCCUUGUCAGUGGCGUCUGCAUGCGUUUCUAUAUGCUGAUGACAGCGUGUUUGAUUUUCUUUGGACCCUGGACCACAUACAAUGCCUUCAAAUUGCACUCGGUGGCAGAAGACAUGACAUGUAGAUUCAAGUACUUGGAACAUGCCGCCAAAAUGUUUAUUACUUAUGGCUGUACUGUCGGUGGUCUGGUGAUAGUCAGUCGCAUAGCCAUCGAAACUAUCGAGUCUGAGAACUGCAAGAGUCGCAUCUUUUGCAACAAUUUAGGCGUUACUUGAUCAAUUCUUACUAUUCUAUAUCCAAUAAA